UUUGCUUCCUCCUCAUUCCGUUCGAGCUAACGGAGAAGAAGCGACGGCCUUUUCUAAUCUUUCAUUGAGAAAAGGCGAGACAAAAACAUCAAUAGAUUGUCUUCGCCUCCAGCCAAAAUGAUCCACAGCCUGUUCCUCGUGAACUCCUCGGGGGAUAUUUUCCUUGAGAAACACUGGAAGAGCGUUGUGAGCCGCUCCGUGUGCGACUACUUCUUCGAGGCGCAAGAGCGCGCCAGUGAGCCGGAGAACGUGCCCCCCGUCAUCCCGACCCCCCACCACUACCUCAUCAGCGUGCUCAGGCACCGCAUCUACUUUGUGGCAGUCAUCCAGAGCGAGGUGCCGCCGCUCUUUGUCAUCGAGUUCCUACACAGGGUAGUUGAUACAUUCCAGGACUAUUUUGGGGUGUGCACGGAGGCAGCGAUCAAGGACAAUGUGGUGGUAGUAUAUGAGCUGCUAGAGGAGAUGCUGGACAAUGGCUUCCCCCUGGCCACAGAGUCCAACAUCCUCAAAGAGCUCAUCAAGCCACCCACCAUCCUGCGCACAGUGGUCAACACCAUCACAGGCAGCACCAAUGUAGGGGAGCAGCUCCCUACUGGGCAGUUGUCUGUAGUGCCAUGGCGACGCACUGGAGUCAAGUACACCAACAACGAGGCCUACUUUGAUGUAGUGGAGGAGAUUGAUGCCAUCAUUGAUAAAUCAGGCUCCACUAUCACAGCAGAGAUCCAGGGGGUGAUUGAUGCCUGUGUGAAACUGACAGGCAUGCCUGACCUCACUCUCUCUUUCAUGAACCCUCGUCUGCUGGAUGAUGUGAGCUUCCACCCGUGUGUGAGGUUCAAGCGCUGGGAAGCUGAGAGGAUCCUCUCCUUCAUCCCUCCAGACGGAAACUUCCGGCUGCUCUCCUACCACGUCAGCUGCCAGAAUCUGGUGGCCAUCCCAGUGUACGUCAAGCACAACAUCACGUUUAGGGAGGGUAGUUCUCAGGGCCGCUUUGAGCUGACCCUGGGCCCCAAGCAGACCAUGGGGAAGGGGUUAGAGGCUGUUCUGAUCAGCAGCCAGCUACCCAGAGGAGUCCUCAACACCAACCUCAACCCCUCCCAGGGGACAUACACCUUCGACCCUGUCACUAAGCUCUUGUCAUGGGACGUGGGUAAAAUCAACCCUCAGAAGCUGCCUAGUCUAAAGGGCUCUAUGAGCCUGCAGGCAGGGGCCUCCAAGCCAGACGAGAACCCCACCAUCAACAUCCAGUUCAAGAUCCAACAGUCGGCCCUCUCAGGACUGAAGGUGAAUCGGUUGGAUAUGUACGGGGAGAAAUACAAACCGUUCAAAGGCAUCAAGUACAUGACCAAGGCCGGCAAAUUCCAGGUGCGGACAUAGAGGCUCGGCUCGCCGCUCUCUGGCCUCUGCACCAAUACUACUACAGAUGGUGGGGAAUAAAUACAGAAAA